AAUCAACGAUUUCGUAUAUCCCGUCGCAAGCUGGCGGCGAAGCCGGCGGAGUAGAUCAGGCCUCCACGUCCGAUAUUCAGAAUGCCGAAGUACUAUUGUGAUUACUGUGACACAUUCCUGACGCAUGAUUCCCCGUCAGUGCGAAAAACUCACUGCGGCGGGAGGAAGCACAAGGAGAACGUGCGCUUUUACUAUCAGAAAUGGGUUGAAGACCAAGCUCAGAACCUGAUAGACCAGACCACAGCGGCUUUCAAACAAGGAAAAAUGCCUCCGAGAGGAGCCAUGGUUCCCCCUCCUCAGGGAGGUCCUCCUGGAUACCCUCAAGGUCCAAUGAUGAUGCCCCCACCGCCGCGCAUGGGCAUGCCUGGUGUACCACCGAUGGGUCCCCCAGGUACUGGACCACCAGGAAUGGGACCUCCUGGAAUGGGACCUGGGGGCUUGGGACCACCAGGAAUGCCACAAGGGAUGCCCGGAAUGCCCAUGCCUCCUAUGGGACCGAUCAGAUUCUUAUUUUGAUACGAGGCAGGGAGAGAACUGUAUGAAAGCUUCUGUGAAUAAUAUUGUAAUGAUG